GGAAAGCUGCGCUCUGUGCCUUUUGUCCUACGAGGCUACUGUAAUGCAACAGAGGGGAUUGUGUUAAGAUGCUGUUAAACGUUGUUCAGCCGUACAAAAAUAUCUGUUCGUUACGUUUGAUUGCCGGAUCAUAAAUGGCUGCCAGAAGGCGAAGGAAAGCUCCUGUAAAGGAUGCCAUUGAACAUGCUGUCAAGGGACUGGACAAGACAACACAGCUUGAGGUUAAAUACAUAAACUCUUUUAAAGGCCGAGGAGUGUUUUCCAGGACCAUUUUCCAAAAAGGUGACUUUGUAGCAGAGUAUAGAGGAGAGUUAAUAAAUGGAGAAGAGGCAGAAAAGAGGAGAAAACAUAAUCGUGCAUGUGCUGUCUUCAUGUACGAUUUCCCCUGGAGGGAAAGGACUUGGUGUAUUGAUGCAGCUCAAGAAGAUGGCAGCUAUGGGAGACUAAUUAAUGAUGACUACUGCCAUCCAAACUGUAAGAUGAAAAAGGUUGUGAUACAGGACAAGCCACACCUUUUUCUGUUUGCACUGCAAGACAUUAAUCCUGGAGAGGAAGUAACAUAUGACUAUGGAGGAAGUGACUGGCCUUGGAGAAAACAGCAGCCCUCUGCUCCAGUUGCUGACCAGCAACAAGUCCAAUAUACCCCUGACCAUCUUGAAAAGACCUCAGCUCCAGCUGCCAUCCAGCAACAACGUCUGUGUACCCCUGACCAUCUUGAAAAGACCUCAGCUCCAGCUGCCAUCCAGCAACAACGUCUGUGUACCCCUGACCAUCUUGAAAAGGUUUGUCUCUAUACUCACACCUUUGCUUGGUACACAUGA